CUGGUACACGUCACCGGGGCUCGGUCGCUUCCCUUUGUGCUGUCUUGUGAUCUCGCUGUCAGUGUGCUUCUUUCCAGGAAACUGUUACUUCUGAAUGCUGCCCUGUCGGGGGUGAAGCAUGUGCGUCUGGGGCUGCUGUUUACAAGGCGAGAAUGAGGAGAAGGAGGACGAGACUGUUCCUUUUUCUAAAACCGCGCAGGUCCCAAAGCAAGUGAAGGUGCUGAAGAAAGGAGAGAAGAUUGUCUUAAAAUAUGUAAAUGUCAAGGAAUACGAUGAAAGGUUUGAUGAGAUUGCCGAGCUGUACAACAACCAGAUGGAAAAUUACAUGACUAUGAAGAAGAGUUUAUUUGAACUUAAUGAGGUCAACAAUUCUUCCAACCUCACCGAUUGUAUGGAGAAGAUAAAGAAAAAGUACAACAAUUAUGACAUCCAGAUACAAAUGAAAGGCUACAACUUCACUUUAUUGGUAAAACCAACAGAGGAUAUCCCAGAUAACUUGCAGGAAUCACAGGAACUCAUGAAAGAGCUGAGUCGGGCAACAAAGGUUCUUAUUAGUAGUCAGACAAAGCUGGGAGGUAUGGUGUUCUCCAUGGAUCAGAUCCAAGAAGAAAUAGAUAAGAAAAUAAAGGAGGUCAAUACUGGAUACCUGGAUCAGAAACGUCUAGUAGAAAACCUCAAGGAGAACAUGAAGAACAUAGACAUAGUUAAACAAUGGUCCAUGGAGUACGAAGAAGAAGCCAGUGAGGUUCUCAAAGAGAUUGCCCACAUUGCAGGUGUUACAAUCUGAAGUAACGUAACAUAUAAUAUAUAUCCAAAAUCAAAGAUAUCUGUAUUAUCUACAAAUUUGCUUAAUUCCAAAAGGCCUUCAAAUCCUGGAAAUUCUGGAAAUAAGUAAGGCUAAGGUUACCUAAGGUGAGCAAUUUGUUGCUAUAAUGGCAACACCAAUGGUUAUUAGCUGGGCCAAGACUGUUGGUGGCCAUUUCAGGCAUGAAAUUAGGGUCUGUUGAAGAUGGGACACAAUGGUCGAAAGCCUCAACGCAACAGGUGCCAAUUAGGUGUGGGGCCCCAUAGCAGCCACUAUGCUAACCGCCCCCAUAGCUAUAUCUAUGCGUUUUGCCAAUCUCUGGUUGUUUUAUCUCAUCCAUUUCCAUUUCGGACCUCUGUGACUUUUCACCUGUCUGCUCCCUGGUACUAUUGUCAUUGUCAACUUUAAACUCUGAUCAUGCAUGGACCAUGUCCUCACCUGUUGUGCCCUGAUGACAAUACAAUAAACCUAGUGAUUUCAGCCCAAAACACCAGUGCCUCUAUAUAAAUGAGAAAAUCCAUCAUCUCCAUUGCUAACAUCCUAUUGUGGUUACCUUUGGAAGUUGGCUUUCCUCCCACGUACCAGAACCACACCAUUAGGUUGAUCACCUGUGAUAUAAGCUUUAAACUUGCAGAAGGAGGCACAGAGAUUUUCUGGACUGUAAAGUGUAAAGUGCAGAUGUCUGUUACAGUAUAUUUUGCCAGUGAAUGAUGCACCUUUUAGUGUACAUAUCUCAUACUUUCUGUGUGACUCGUCCUGACUCUGGCUGGCGUUUGCUAUAUCAAUUAAAUGCUAUUUUAUUGCC